AUGGCGUCCACCAGGGCCUCCCCGCCGCUCCUCCUCCUGCUGGUCUACGUCGUCUUCACGGAGAGGCAGGCGGCUCCGGCGGAGCUCUCGUCGGAGCGCGUCGCGUCCUUCCACCACGACCUGCUCACCGGCGUCAUAGAUGACAGUUCCAGCGCACCGGACCGGGUGGUCUACCACUACUCGAGGACCCUGCACGGCUUCGCCGCCAGGCUCACCGACGACGAGAAGAACAGGCUCGCUGGCAAGGACGGCGUCAUCUCUAUCCACGAGAAGGUGGUGUACAGGCCCCAGACGACGAGGUCCUGGGACUUCCUCGGCCUUCCCCACCGCAACGACCCCACCCGGCUCCCCUUCGAGAGCGACGUUAUCAUCGGCAUGGUCGACACCGGCAUCUGGCCGGACUCCGCCUCCUUCUCCGACGCCGGCCUCCCACCGCCUCCGGCCAAGUGGAAGGGCGUCUGCUCCAGGAACUUCACCUCCUGCAACAACAAGAUCAUCGGCGCGCGGUCCUACCGCGACGGCAACACGACCCUUUCCGUGCUCGACAACGAGGGCCACGGCACGCACACGGCGUCCACGGCGGCGGGGCGCGCCGUCCCCGGCGCGAGCCUCGGCGGGCUCGCCGGCGGCACGGCGCGGGGAGCGGUGCCUGGGGCUAGGAUUGCCGUGUACAAGGUGUGCUGGGAGGACGGGUGCUCGUCGGAGGACAUCCUGGCGGCGUUCGACGACGCCGUUGCCGACGGCGUGGACGUGAUCUCGGCGUCGCUGGGUUCGGGGAUCCCCUACGACUACGCCGCCGACCCCAUGGCCAUCGGCGCGUUCCACGCCGCGCGGAGCGGCGUCGUCGUCUCCGUUUCGGCGGGGAACAGCGGGCCCGAGCUGGGGACCGUCUGCAACGUCGCGCCGUGGACCAUCUCCACGGGGGCCGCCCUCACCGACCGCCGGAUCGUCACCGAGGUCGCCCUCGGCGACGGCAGGAGCUUCGAGGGGAGCGCCAUCACCGUCUUCCCGCACCUCGGGAAGCCGUCGCUGCUCAUGGACCCCGGGUCCUGCGACGACGACAACCUCGCCGGGAAGAGGUACAAGGGCGCGGUGCUCCUCUGCGGCAACGGCGAUUUCGGGAGCUCGUCCGCCAUGGCCGCCACGGGCGCCGACGGCGCCAUCGCCUACCGCUUCAUGGACCACGACAUGGACACGGCCUUCUCCUUCGAUCUUCCACUCGCCAUCGUCAAGCAGAAGGAGUACGAGCACAUCGCCGACUACUACAACAGCACCAGGCACCCCGUGGCCACCAUCAAGAAGAGCGUCACCGUCAAGGACGCGGCGGCGCCGGCCGUCGCCCAGUUCUCCUCCCGCGGCCCUAACAUGAUCACAUACGGCGUCCUCAAGCCGGACCUGAGCGCUCCGGGAGUGGACAUCCUGGCGGCGUGGUCGCCGGAGGCGCCGGUCUCCGGCAGCACCGACGACAAGCGGAGGGCCAAGUACAACAUCAUCUCGGGCACGUCCAUGGCGUGCCCGCACGUGACGGGGGCGGCGGCGUACCUCAAGUCCGCCCACCCGGGGUGGUCCCACGCCGCCGUGCUCUCGGCGCUCGUGACGACGGCAACGCCGAUGGGCUCCGGCGAGCCGGAGGCCGAGCACGCGUACGGCGCCGGUCAGGUGGACCCGCUCCGGGCCCGCUACCCUGGCCUCGUCUACGACGCCUCGGAGGCCGACUACGUCGCCUUCCUCUGCGCGCAGGGGUACAACUCGUCGCAGCUGGCGACCGUGACCGGCAGGAGCUCCGCCUCGUGCUCUGACGAGGCCAGGGGCGGCGCCGUCGGCGACCUCAACUACCCGACCAUUGCCGUGCCGGUCCUCAACUACGGCGUGGGGUUCGCCGCCGAGUUCCCCCGGACGGUGACCAACGUCGGGCCCGCCGACUCGGUGUACCGCGCGACGGUCACCACGGUGCCCGGCGUCGACGUCACCGUCACGCCCGACGAGCUGGCGUUCAGCGCCGGGACGAAGAAGUUGAGCUUCAAGGUGAGCGUCUCCGGCAAGCUGCUGCCGGCGAACGGCACCAUGGGCGCGUCGGCGGCCAUCGUCUGGUCCGACGGGAGGCACCACGUCAGGAGCCCCAUAUACGUGUUCCCUCAUAAGCACGUCAUGUAA